GAAGCUCUUCCAUUUUAUUAUUUCUAGAAAACACCUGGCGAAAAAAGUCAUAAGGUGCUGCAGCCCUAAUUUCUAAUAUGUGGUUCCCGCAUAUAAAUCAAUCUCGUUUCGAAAGCUGUGGAUUAGUUUCCAGGUAAACUUGCAUGAAUUCAUGUUAACUACGAAUUUGACGGCCGCCAUUUUAAAAAUAGGCCCUUCUUUUUUAAGAUCCCCGAACAUGAAUUGGCUUCGCUAAUCCACGAAUCAUAAAUAAAAAAGGUGUGUUAACUCCUCAAAAAAAUAUUAUAACAAAAGUUUUGUUUAAAACAGAUAAAUAAACACCAAAUCUAUUAUUGAAAUAAGCUGAGUACAAUAAGAAUCCAGUCAGAGUUCAUAAAGGACAAAAAAAUUACAUGGAAUUCAAGUGAUAAUAAUUUGGAAAAAAAGACCUGUUCUUGGCUUUCCAUCCAAGCAAAAUAUCACAAAAGGUUUCCUUUACUUUUUAUACCCCGAUUUCAAUGCUCAAAACACACUGGAAAUAACUUUUAUAGCAAGUACAUCACUACCAAAGAACAAUUACAAAUUUUUCUCUUUUUACUUAAAUUAUUAAUUCAAUAAAAAAAUAAAAUAUAUACUAGUAGAUAUUGUUCUAGCAAUAUUUGCCGCACAGUUCAUGUGCCUAAACGAAUUCAAGCGUAAACUUUUGGAAGAGAUGCAUUGUUUGAUCACUCGUAUGUCUCAAUAUGUAAUGACACAUCGACUUGAUUGAUUAACUAAUUUGGUGAGAUAUGAUUAGGUUUGCUGCGAGUGUUCAUUACAUCUUAGGUUCAAGAGGCUUUAUCGCGAAUGAGUCCAUGUGAUAUAUUUAGACGCAGGAAACAGAUGUGUAAAGGGUAAAGCCCAAAACACGCGAAAUACUGCAUUUCUUAUAUCCUGUAACAGAGAAGAGUUACUACAGCAUCAUUUUCAACGUUCUCUGCCAGCCGCCAUUUUGUCAUUCCAGCAUCAUACAAAAUGUGAAGAAAAAAAACCAUUCCCAAUUCAGCUGAUUUGGGGAAACCUUUGCUUUCAAUAACAUUGGGUAUUUAAUUUUUAAAACUUUAACAAGAAGUUUGUCUUAAUGUUGAAUAAAAACAACAAAAGCGUCACAUCUUCACGCUUGCUUCCAAGUCCGCAAUGUGAUAUGAGUUAUUUGUAAAAGCGACAGUAAGCAAUUGGCUAAUUAAUUAAAUUCAAUGACUUACUUAAAUAAACAAAGAGAUAUAACCCUCAUCACGUCCUCAAUCUUCCCGUUAACGGCACCUACUAAGAGUUAUUCACGGAAACGUACUCAACUCCAAUUGCAAUUUAGUACAUCUUCAGGCAUGAUACUUGUAACACCUUUUGUAGUCCGUCAUCUUAACCUCAUCAACACUCAGCUUAAACAACAGGUAAUGAGGGAGUUUAAACUUGAAACUCAUCCCCCAAAGGAUCUCUCCUCUCAAAACAACUUUGAAUGAAGUACACGUUCGUCAUUCGACGCGCCUUUAUGUUAUUGCCAAUGGACCUGUGAUGAUAAAAGGCUCCAACUGCGAGGUGAAGCACAGGAGAGAUUCCCGCGUGUUCAGUUCACGGCUGCAAAUAUGUCAUGCACUUGUUUCCAGCAGUGUCAGAGAGGCCCGUGCUGCAUGCUAUACCCUGCAGGCCCAAAGAAAGUUAACCAGUUGGGAGGUGGAUACGUGAAUGGAAAACCGCUGCCCCGUGAGAUCCGAAUCCAAAUAAUCGAGCUUGCGCGAAGUGGGGUCCGCCCUUGUGAAAUCAGCAGACGUCUAAAGAUCACGCAUGGCUGCAUAAGCAAACUGCUCGCAAAAUUCCAGAAAACGGGCUCCCUUGAACCCGGCACUGUGUACAAAGGCCGCCCACGAGUGGUGACGUCACAGAUAGAGAAGAAGAUCGACCAGUACAGGGCCGAGCAGCCGGGGAUCUUCUCUUGGGAAAUCCGGGAUCAGUUACUGCAGGAGGGCAUCUGCGACCGUAGCGAAGUCCCCUCGCUGAGCUCUAUUAGUAGGAUAGUGAAGCGGAAGGUGUCAGAGGGAGAAAAGGAUGUAGGAAGAAUGACAGAGGAAGUAAAAGAAGAGUGUGAAGAGGUUUUAUAUGAAACAAGGGAACUCUUCGCCUACCGUCCCCCCAUGCCACAAUACAGGCACUCCAUCCAGGAGAUUCUCAUGCCUUCGCCUACUGUCAACAAGCCGUUUUUCUACUUGACUGAGUCAAGCGGUGAAGAAAGCGUAGCGUCAAUCGACAGUGCCGACUCUGACCACGCCCACGAUGAAUUGUUCGCGCACUCCUCGUACCAGCCCCCUCCUCUGUUACUCACCCGGCGCACGCGCACUCGCUUCACCAGUCAGCAGCUGCAUGUCCUUCAGUCGGAAUUCACGCGCAACCCCUACCCCACCCUAGAGGAGAGAAAAGAGCUUGCUCGGUAUCUUUGCGUCUGCGAGUCCCGCGUACAGGUCUGGUUCUCAAACAAACGUGCGCAAGACAAACGUCGUACGCGAUCUGUUGACCUUUCACCUGCAAACGUGGACACCUUAUCGAUUGCCUAUCCAUGUCACGUGACAACCUGCCCAGUCCUCCACUCGCACCCACUCCUGCCAAGCUCUGCGGGGCUGUACUUUCCCGUUGGUCACAGGGUUUGACCUGGUCGAUGUUCCGAGGAGGGGCGUUCAAUAGAUAUGAGGCGUUUAUUAGAGAAGGGCGUUUAUUACAAAUUAUAACAAACCCAAGUGCAAUCGGGUUCUAAAGCAAGCGUUUCUUGGCAUUUGGCAAUACGCUACUCACUUAGAUUAAGCAAGAAGGCAAUGAAAUUUGAUUUAUAUUACGGGAAUACCUAUGUCGUUUGUUUCUUAAACGGGAGGUAGGGGAGCAGGGGAAGGGGGCUUUUGUUAAAAGGGGCACCUCGCCUCGCCUCACCUCACCUCAUCUCACCCCACCUCACCCCACCCCACCCCACCUCACCUCACCUUACCAUACAUCACCUCACCUCACCUUACCACACCUUACCUCACCUCACCUUAACUCAGCUUACCUCACCUCACCUUAACUCAGCUUACCUUACCUCAACUCACCUUAGCUCAACUCACAUCACCUUACCUCAACUCACAUCACCUUAGCUUGCCUUAACAUACGUUACCUUAAAACAUACUUUACCUUUCUCGUUUUUCGUUACCUCUCCUCACCUUUAUCACAACUCGGUGCUGGCAAAGGAAAACUAUUCAAGAAUGAAAAAAGGUGAUUAAGUUGUUGGCAAUUGUUGGCGAGUGUUUAAAAAGAUAAAAAUAGCAAUAAAAUAAAUUAAUUAAUAAAAAACUGGAGGUGGUUUCGCGACAAAGGUGGGUAAAAUACGCAGGAGGAAGUGACUAAUUAAGCGUAAGAUAAUUCAGUGUAUCCAAGUGCUGAUAUUUAUAGCUCGUCUGGCUAACUUGUGAUUGAAAUGAUAGACUUGAUUAGGGAUGAAGUGUAACAAGACAUAACAAGCAGCAAACAUGUAUAAAUAACUUUUCCGAUAUUUUUUCUUAUAAACGGAUCUAGAAAUAAAAGAGUGAUGUGUA